AUGUUUCGACGCAAAGUGGUGGUUGCCUUGGAUCCCUCCUCAGAGGAAGCAAAUUAUACAGUUGAUUGGAUAAUUGAAAACUUUCUUAAGCCAGAGAAAGAUGACGUUUACUUGGUUUCAGCUCUGCUUUUGACUUCCGACUUGGAAGCGACUGAACUGGGAAUGAAUAUCAAUUACGCUUCUGAGUAUCUUAUGAACUGGGAAAAAGAAAUUGAACAAAAAACACGCGACUCUCUUCAAGAAUACGUCAAUAAGCUACAGUUGUCUAAUAUCGCUGUAUCUUUUGAAAUAAUAAAAUCCAAAAACGAUACACCUAAUGUUAUAGUGGAUUACACUGAACAAAAGAAAGCAGAUGUACUAAUAAUGGGAAGUCGGGAUUUAUCUACUUGGAAGAG